GUUUGAAGUUUCUUACUUACCUCACUUGCAUUUGUUAAGUUUCCCAAACUCUGCAAAAAAAAAUGUGUUUAUUUUGAGAUAGAUAAAGAGACAUACAGAGAACAGCUUUGUUAGAUUUUAAUCAUUUCGAGAACAUUCGAUUUUCAAUUUUGCGUCUUAAUUUUGGGUUCAAUUCUGAGGUUCGAUAUGAAAUGAGCGAUCACACUCUCAUACUUCACUUUUGAAGCACGGUUUGGAACCAAUUUUGGGUUCAAUUGCUGCCAUUUGCUCGGUUCGUAUCAAAGUGAGAACUUUGAGGUUUCUUACUGGCAACAGAAAAUAUCACGUUCUUAAACAUUCAGAAUUUCAGAUAAAUAUUAUAUGUUGCUGAGACUUGUUGGAUAAGAAGAAUGCCAGGCAUUCCUGUUGCCGCUCGUGCAACCUCAAGCCUCCAUGAUGCUUGUGAACAUUUAUCUGCGGAAGAGGAGCUUGCAGCUGAAGAGAGUCUUUCAAUUUAUUGCAAGCCCGUAGAAUUUUACAAUAUUCUCCAGCGACGUGCCAUGAGAAAUCCAUUAUUUCUUCAGAGAUGUUUGCACUACCAGAUAAAGGAAAAACACAAGAAAAGAAUACAAAUGACAGUUUCCUUGAUGCGGACUAUUACGGAAAGUCAAAAUGUGUUUCCCAUGUCUAUAUGUCUCGCAAGGCGGGUUUCUGAUCAUGGAUCUUCAAGGCAAUCUGCCAUGUAUCGAAUCGGUCGAAUGUUCAUCUUUCGAAACUCCCCUGGAAUUGAUUUAAAUACUCAAGUCCAAGCAAAUUUUACUCUUCCUGAAGUCAACAAGUUAGCUGAUGAAGCUAGAUCUUGCUCACUUGAUAUCUUGUUUGUCAGCACUGCCACUGUGAAAAACUCGAAUUUAUCAUCUGGAGUCAAUUCAAACUCCAUGCCUUCGGAUACAAAUCAUCUAGCUUUUUUUGAAUCUGGAGAGUACUGCCUUUGGGGGAAAGUGUCUUUAGAAUCACUUUAUAUGGCUUGGGAUUGUUUUCCGAAUUUUCGUUUGGGACAGCGAGCAGAGAUUAUGUCAACUGUUGAUUUGCUUCCAUGUAUUCUGAAGUCAGAUUUUAAAAACGACUACACAAGAGUGUCUAUUCAAGUUCCUUCUAAUUUCGAGAAUAUGAGUGCAUCAAAACAAGUACAAAUCACAAUUUCUGCGGAAGAGUUUGGGGCCAAAGAAAAAUCUCCCUGUAUUUCAUACACAGGCAGUGAAGUACCGUCCUCAUCAUUGUCUCACUUGAUUGGAUUGAGGGAAGGAAAUGUCAUGUUUAAUUACAGGUAUUACAAUAAUAAGUUACAGAGGACAGAAGUCACCGAAGAUUUCACUUGUCCAUUCUGUUUGGUUAAAUGUUCUAGUUUUAAGGGUCUAAGAUGUCAUUUGUCCUCGUCACAUGAUCUCUUCAACUUUGAAUUUUGGGUAUCGGAUGAGUGUCAUGCUGUAAAUGUGACUGUGAAGAAUGAUAUCUCGAGAUCAGAGAUUGUUGCUGAUACUGUUGAUCCAAGAGUGCAAACAUUUUUCUAUUGUGGAAAGCCCCUUAAGCGUAGGACACCAAAGGACCCAUCUUCUAAAAAUGCAGUAGGCUUAGAGUCUGCCUUUCCUGCAGGAGAGACUGAUAUUUUGGAGAAGGAUGAUGGAAUUUCUGCCACAAUUAUUAGAUCACAUCCUGAUCGAGACUCUGUCCAGUCAAUAUCAGACUGUGAUCAAUCAGUGCUCCAGUUUGCCAAGACUAGGAAGUUGUCAAUUGAGUGUUCUGACUCACGAAACAGUGCCCUAUUAAGGAAACGACAGUUUUUUCAUUCUCACAAAGCUCAGCCAAUGACAAUUGAACAAGUUCUAUCAGAUAAAGACAGCGAAGAUGAAGUCGAUGACGAUGUUGCUGAUUUUGAAGAUAGAAGGAUGCUUGAAAAUUUUGUUGACGUGAGCAAGGAUGAGAAGAAUUUCAUGCACAUGUGGAACUCGUUUGUUCGGAAGCAUCGUGUGAUUGCAGAUGGUCACAUUUCAUGGGCAUGUGAGGCUUUCUCGAAAUUGCAUGCAGCUGAGUUUGUUCGGUCACGCUCACUGGCCGGUUGUUGGAGAAUAUUUAUGGUCAAGCUGUACAAUCAUGGUCUGCUGGAUGCUCGAACCAUGAAUGACUGUAAUGUUAUUCUUGAGCAACAGCAUAAGCAGAAUUCAGACCCCAUUAGCUAAAAAGAAAACCCACUUUUUUACCCUUAAUUGAAGAAAGUGAUGGCAAAGAGCAAGGAGGUUUUGGUUUUGGUUUUGGUUUUUCCCCUUCACAAAGUACAAACAAAUAGUAAGGGUUUCAAUUUUACAUUUUGCUAUUGUGGGCUGUACUAUUUAUUAUGUUCGUCACAGGGAUAAAAUUUUGCAUCCUUCGGAAAAGUUUAACUGCAUUGACAUCAUUAUUCCUUAAAUUUAAUUGUUUGCAAGA